UUUAUUACAGUGUAUCACUUGUCGAGUGGUGUUAAACAUCGACGAGAGAGCGCGGUGGAAGGACAUAUGAUGCCGAUGAAAAUUUACCACUUAGCCUUGACAGACGCGUAAAGUACCGGGGUAAUUCUGUGUAAGCUGCAUAGUGGAACACCGACCCAGUGAGCUGUGGACAAACACGAGUGCAACUGCGCUGAGAAAGCUUAGGGGUCGAACUGAGCACGGAAUCUCACGUGGAACUGCAGAUUUCAGCCCCAGUUGAAAUAUACAAGAAAAAAGUGUCAACAUUUAUUAAGCCAUUACACAUAUCAAUCGGCACCAGAAAAAAGCAGGGGAUUUGGUGAAAAUAUAGCAGAACUCGGUCACAAUGAGUAGUCCGUCGAAGUAUGACAUAAAAGCUCUGGUGGCGACAAGUAAGACGACAGGUUUAGCUGACACGGGGAAUGAUACAGGUGAAGAAAAACAAGAGGAACGAAACAGAAAAAGACCCCGGUCUGUGUCACCGGCGUUAUCAUCCCCGACGGCCUCAGAAGCUGACUCGCCAGCAUCAAAUAUUUCAAAGAGAGUGGAGGAGGCACAGAGUGAGAAAAAGAAACGAAAAGACAGUACUGAGGAGGGGGAGGCUAAAAGCAAUGCCCCUGUCAGUGUUACACCGCCCUCCGCGCGUCCAAGCUUUUUGAUCACAGACAUCCUAAGUGACAGACAUCCCGUGAGAGCACCUAGGCCGUCACCCCCGUGUAUAAGUGUGUCCAUUCCUUCUUCUUUAGACUUUUCCAUGAAAAACGUGUCCCCUACUUCCUCAGUCGGGAGCCUGGGGUCCAUGUCAACGCUACGAAGCGACCUUACACGAGACAAGAAAUAUAACAAACUUAAAACCUCUUGGAGCGACAAGAUUUCACGAUCUAAAGAAAUUGACGUUUUAAAUAACGAAGAUGACGAGGAAGAUGAUGAGGAGUAUGAUGACGAUUGUGAAGAUAAAAGUGACGACGAAAAAUGUCACCUCAACAGUGAUGGCAGCCCGGCCGACGCCUCCCAGAAGCCAAAGAAACCUCGCAAAGCUCGCACCGCCUUCACCGACCACCAGCUCAACUGCCUGGAGAGGAGCUUUGAGAGGCAGAAGUACCUCAGCGUCCAAGACCGAAUGGAGCUAGCAGCGCAGCUUAAUCUCACCGACACACAAGUUAAGACGUGGUACCAAAACAGAAGAACGAAAUGGAAGCGCCAGACAGCUGUUGGACUAGAACUACUUGCAGAAGCUGGAAAUUACGCCGCGGUUCAAAGAAUGCUGCAAUCUAAUCCUUAUUGGGCCGCGUACACCCCUCACAUCAUCCGCGGGAUGGAUGCCGUGUAUCUACGUCAUCCGGCUGCUGCGGGACUAAACUCAUCUCUAAUACCCCGGAUGUACGUCCCAGGACUCUCCCCACUUACUGCCACUUCUACUUCUCCACUGUACGGUGAAAACAGAUCAUAAAGAAAAAAUGAAAAUAGAUGAACAUAUGCUCCUUUUUAUUUCGAUUCUUUUAAACGAUUAUGAUAUUGACAAAAUUUGCAGAUAAACAUAGACAUCUACCAUUAAAUUAUUGAACAGCCUAAUGAACUGUCUUAAAAUCUUUAAGAGUCAGAAGGCAGAAAAAUAUAUUAGAGGAGACACAGACUCUUUUCCCUACCUUGACCAGACUUCGUUUGACGCUGUGAAAAUGAUCUCAUUUAUUAUUUGAAUAAUACAAACACUAUCAGCCUUUCCAAAGAUGCAUUCGCAGCCGCGUUGAAUUUUUUAAAUAGCUAGCUACUAAAGAGUACAAUUUGUUAAAAUAACUUCACAAGCCAAUAGAACUGGUUUUUUUUUAAAAAAAAAGCUAAUGUGAUAAUAAUGUUAUAAUUUUACAGUGUGAAACUGUUGGUUCUUAUCAUAUAGACCUCUUCAACUUGUCCUCUUCAACUUACUUGCUUUUGAUUUUUAAAACUUUCAAAUCUGGAAGUUUAUAUCUGGAAGCUUUAUUUUGUUGUUUUGACAGAUAUUGUAAUUAUUUAUUGUAUAAUUUAAACUGUAAAAGACAGAAAAAUGUUACAUUGUAUUUGUCCAGUACGUUACAUACUGGUGCAAUAUGCCAUACGUUUUGAUGUUUAACUGUGAAUAGUAUGAGGCCUCUUUAGCAUAGAUGAUAGAGCACGGUAUGGGGUUACAGAUUUUUUUUGUACCGAUUUAAGAUAUCGUAAGCAUGCCGGCGCCUGCGCAAGACGGGUACUUCUAAACUGUUCGCUACUGGUGCACCAACUUACAGUUGAGGGCUUAAUCUUAAUGAUCAAAGGAUGGAAAGCUUUAUUUUGAAUGUCAAUCAUUUGUAUGUUAAUAUGUACAUUGAUAUUAUUGAUAUUAUUUAUAUAUAUACUCAAGUUGAGAUUUUGUACAAAAGCUAGCCACUAGCGUUUUUGUUGUUGUUUGUUUUAUGUUCUGUAAAUAAAAUUCAUAUGGAUAUUAUACAAGGCUUUUGUUGUUUGGAAUUAGGCAAAAAUGGUCGUUUUCAAAUUUGCAAAGAAGCGAUUA